AUGCCCUCCGGACUCCUCUCCUCCUUCGUCGCCGCCAUCCAGGCCUCGCUCUCCGUCCUCCUCGUCAUCUCCUACGGCGCCAUCGCCGCCCACCUCAAGCUGCUAGACUCCGAAAACGGCAAAGCCAUCUCGAAAAUAUGCGUGAAAAUGUUUCUCCCCGCGCUGCUCCUCGUGCAGCUCGGCUCAGAAAUGCACGCUGGCUCCGCGCACCGCUACGGCAUCGUCGUUGUGUGGGCGCUGCUCGCGCAUGUUAUCAGCUUUUUGAUAGGUAUUGCCGCGCAUGUGUUGUUUAAAAUGCCGGAUUGGAUUACUUGUGCGAUUAUGUUUAAUAAUACGACGAGUUAUCCGCUGCUUUUGAUUCAGAGUCUGGAUGAGACGGGGAUUUUGGGGGUGCUUGUAGGUGAAGAUGAUAGUACGAAGGCGAUGACCGCGAGGGCAAAGAGCUAUUUCUUGGUGUUCAGCACGAUAAGUAGUUGUUUGACGUUUGCGGUAGGACCGAGGUUGAUUGAUAGCGAGCAUGCGCCGGAUAGUGACGAGGAGGAUCGGUCGUUGUCGUCGUCGAGCGGGACACUGACUGAUCCGGACGAAAGGGCGGCAGAUGCAGACGGUGGUGUGCAAGAGAUCCGACCAAGCGAGAGGACGGGACUAUUGGGCGCACCGUCGAGUCGACGAAGAGCGGACCGGGAUCGCGCGAGGCAUGCGAGUGUGGCGAGCAUCACGUUUUUCCCGUCGAAGCCAAAGUUUACCACGGUGAAGCGCAGACCGCGGUAUAUCCCGCAUUUGAAGUGGAGUGAGCUGAGUUCGAGGACGAAGUGGUGGCUGCUUUUCUUUUACGACUUCUUGAACGCGCCACUUAUAGGCGCUGUGAUGGGCGCUAUCAUUGGGCUUGUUCCUCCGCUUCACAAAGCGUUCUUUAGUGAUACGUUCGAUGGAGGGGUGUUCACCGCUUGGCUCACAGAAAGUUUUAAGAGUCUCGGACAAUUGUUCGUCCCACUUCCGCUGGUGGUCGCUGGUAUUGUACUCUACUCGUCGUACCAGGAUUCGAGACACGCGUCGAGGACUGGUCCAGUUGCGAAAGUCCCACUGCUUACGACUUUGUUUAUCCUGGUUGUCCGCUUCGUCGUAUGGCCGGCACUCUCCAUCGGCGCGAUAUAUGGGAUAGUGAAGAGCGAAGGAAAACGAGGAUUGUUGGGCGACGAUCCAAUGCUCUGGUUCACGAUGAUGUUGAUGCCAACUGGACCACCUGCCUUCAAACUGAUCACGAUGGUACAAGUGUCGGAGGCAGGUGCGGAGGACGAGCAACACAUGGCCAAGAUACUGACGAUCAGCUAUAUCGUAUCUCCGAUACUGGCUCUCACGGUGGUCGGGGCAUUGAAGGCAAGCGAGGCUGCGAUAUGA